GGCGAGCUGCUCGCAUUUCGUUACGUACAGCAAUCGUGUUCGGGAACGCUGCCAGCCCGGUCUUUGUGGCCACCGACGACACCUAGACACAUCUGGAUUGAAAAAACAACACAAAUUUCUCACCCAUAAUUGGCAUACAUUUAGUGUCCGACCAGGAAAAUGUCGGGCGACGUGCAGCCGCGUAAGCGCAAGGACAAGCGCAGAAAACGCGAUGACGACGAGUCUUCCCAUGGCGUCCACAUUACAAAGAUGGGAAACGACGAUGUACACUUGCACGUGCAUCACGACCACGGCACCGGCGGCAAUUGGUGUGCCAAGAUCAUAUUCUUCUCUCUCAUGGCAGUACUCUUGGGCCUUGUGGGCCUGAUCAUCUUGGAGAAUCGUGGCCUUGAAGACAUGGAUACACCGCUGUCUGAGUCGCGCUUCUCCAACUAUUUUAAUGGUUUGGUCGACGAACAUCGAGGGGAGCAUGAUGCCCAUGAUGUGCACAAACCAUCUGGGGAGGCUUUGGAUGAGCACGAUGAUCAUGAUGAGCAUGAUGAGCAUGACGAUCACGACGAAGAAGAGCCUCUUUCGGAGGAACUAGAAGAGGAAGACGAGGAGGAAGAGGAGGAGGAGGAAGAGGAAGACGUACCAGAGGAAGUGGCGGAAACAGAGCAAGAAGAGGAAACAGAGCAAGAGGAUAAAACAGAACAAGACGAAGAUGAAGAUGAAGAUGAAGAAGAGGUAGAGGAGGAGGAGGAGCAGAAAGAAGACGACGACGAAGAGGAGGAGGAUAACAAUGCUGGCGAAAACAUCACCGCCGAAGAACCCGAAGAAGACGAGCUGGACGAUGACAAUACGGCAGAGCCCUCUGUUGAGGCUACCGCAGAAGCCACAGUAGAAGCCACCGCCGAGUACGAUGUGGAGGAUCCCGACGAGGAUGAACCCGAUGACGAUGCCGAAGAUGAUGUGCCAGAGUCUGAGGAACCAGCUCCUACUACAGCGGAAUUGGAUGAGGAUAAAACUGCUGAACACGAUGAGGCCGAAGAGGAGGAAAUCAAAGAGUCUGUUCAAUGGAAAGCACAAAGUUCCCCCAAGAAAGUCACAACGAAAUAUUACAAAGAUAAUGAAGAUGAUGAGAAGAAAUACGAUGACGAUGAUGACGACUUUGAGUCCCUAGACGAGGAUCCCGAAGAGCUGGCACGUCAAGUGAGAAGAGCCAACGCUGCGGAUAGCGAAGAGCAGCAACAAGACAAUAAUGAGGAAGAGCCCAAAGAAGAGGGCUCCUCCUGGUUGGCAUCGCUUGCCGUUAAAUUUGGCGUUGGCGUUGCACUUGCCUUAGUUUCACGUCUUGUAUUGAACAGGAAAAGUCCGAAUACAACCGAAGAUGAGCCGCCCCCACCGGAGGCGAUCAUGAGGCGCCGCCUGACGAUUGCCACGGACGAGGAUCAGAUACCAGACGACCUGGAGGAGAUUCCGCUGCUAGACGAUGAAUAUUCCGAGGAGGAAAUCGAAAUCGAGGAGGAGAUCGAAGUGGAGAUCAGCGACAUCGAAGAAGAGGAUGCCGGUGCCAGUUCAGGUGACUGUGAUGUGGCAUUAUCCGCCAGCUAUGUACCCGAAACCUUUGAGCAAUUGAGCUCCAUGUACAAGUCAUCGCCAGAGCCACCGAAUGAGACGAAACCCCAGGAGCCAAAAGAGACGGAGGAGCCAUUGAAACCGUCGGGCUUCAGUGAUCUUUAUGUGGAGUACGAGGACGGGGCCAUUGAGGAUUACGAGCACGAUGGAGAGACAGAUGAGGAGGACGAGAUAACCGACGAGGAGGAGGACGAGAUAUCCGAUGUGGAUGAUGCCGAUCUAAUGAGCAGACUGGAGGCCAAAUACGGCCGUCUGCCGGUUAAGGAGUUCGAAAGCGAUCCGGACUCUGACGAUCCCACCUGGACACAAAUUAAACCCAAAGAGGUUCCAGCUUCGGCUCCAGCUUCGACUCCGGCACCAGCAGCAGAGGACUCCUUUCAACAGGAGCUGCGCAAGGCUAAUGCCGAAAUAAUCCGGGAGAACUAUGUCCAAGCCCUGCGCUCGUUUAACACGCUCAUUCAACACUAUGCCGACGAGCCCCUGGCCCAUCUCGGCCAUGCCCGCCUGCUGGAGCGUCUGGCAGAAAAGGAGCGCAGCAAUCAGCGACUGUGGCAGGCCAUUGAUGCCUACAAACGAUAUCUAGCCUUUGGCGAGCUGGUGGCCAGCGAUGGAGAGUUUCUUUCUGCCGGAGAACGCUGCAUCCAGCAUUUGCGAUUCAUGGGUUAUCAUCAACAGUCGGUGAACAUUCACGAGCUACUCAUCGAGCGUUUGCCCGCUGAUCCCAGACUGCGCAAUCAACUCUCCUUUACCCAUCUUACGGCCAAUAACAUGCGGCAGGUGAAGCUGGUGGCAGCUGAAACCCUGAAGCUCUGGCCAGACGAUCCUGUGGCGCAACUCCACUUCGGCCUGGCAAUCAAACAGCUCCAUGGAGACUACGAACAGGCGCUGCCCUACUUGCAGAACGCCAUAGAGUCCAAGGCAGAGGGCACACAGGAGGGUUACUUCUAUCUAGCCUUGGGGGAAACGCUGCAACGUCUGUACAGACAGCAAGAGGCUGUGGAAGUGCACAGGCAGGGCGUGGCCAGGGGACUCAUUCCCAGCGUCUACCAAAGAUCGUUGUACAAUGAGCCCCAGCUGAGAGCACAACCCUUUUGGCAGCCAUCGGAGACGGGAUACGCCUCGCAGCUGAGGAAACUGCAAGAGAAUUGGAUGUCCAUCCGGGAGGAAGCCCUGUCCCUGCUCAGCCAUCGCGGUUACUUUGCAGAUGAAACGGAGAAUCUGCGCCACAAGGGCAUCUGGCAGCAGUUUGAGCUCUUUGCAAAGGGUCAGCUUCAUGGGAAGAACUGCCAACGAGCUCCCAUUACCUGUGGCCUGAUGAAGGCGUUCCCCGAAUCCAGCGGCUGUCGCAGGGGACAGGUGAAGUUCAGUGUGAUGCAGGCAGAGACGCAUGUGUGGCCGCAUUGUGGUCCCACUAAUUGCCGCUUAAGAGCGCAUCUCACGCUGGUGGCACCAGAGCCAGAGCAAACCUCACUUCGAGUGGCAGAGCGGGAAAUAACCUGGCGUGAGGGCGAACUAAUUAUCUUCGACGACAGCUUCGAGCACGAGGUCUGGCACAAUGGCACUCGUCCCCGUCUGGUACUCAUCAUAGACAUGUGGCAUCCAGAUCUAACUGCCACACAGCGUCGCACUCUGACGGCCAUCUGAGAGCAAUAUUGAGCGUCUUGAUUAGAUUUCAAAGUGGUUACGGUUCCUAGGCUACCCAAAUAGACAAUUUCCGCCUUCCCCUUUUCGUUCAUUGUUAGUUGAAUCAUUCACUAGUUAUAGAGCCAUUAGUAGAUUAAUAUCUACGUCUGUAUUUGUACCUCUUAAUUGUUAAGCUCAGUCGAAUGCGUGUUUAGGCCAUAGGAAAAUGCACUCUCGAUAUGUAUUUUACAUACAAACUGCUUUGGUGGGCAGCAACUGUUUGCCUUUUGUACAUUAACUACAAAAUCAAUAAUAAAAGUUUUUUAGGAUUU